GGUGUCAGUGCCAGAUGCCCGGGCAUUCGAGACACAGCCGCCGCCCUGGCACCUUGUACCCCGCGCCCUCUAGUACAGUGGCUGCCUAAGAUGCAGCCGUAGCGUCUUCGUGGUAGUUUUUCCCUGUAAGACGGUGGUGGGCGGCGGAGAUCUGGCGGUGCCACCACGCACACACAGGAAGCGUCAUGGCCGCCCUCUGUCACCACCACGUGAACCACUGAAACUCUAAAGUAGGAAGGAAGUAGUGAAUACAGUGUUGUGUGUGUGUGUGUGGGCAGUGUGAUGGUGGGCGUGCGGCGGUGACGAGGCCACCAGCCACCCAGCACUACCUCAACGCUGCCUCUGUCCUCCCUCACACCACCUCCCCUCAGUGUUGUGCUUCAGUGUAGUGUAGCAGUGUAGUGCACCACCACCUUCAGAAGCCACCCUCACCACACACUGCCGCCAGGCAGGUCCACCUGUGAGGCUCCACCAAGAACGGCCUAUCAUUAAGGGUGACAGUGAGGGUCCAUCAGUAAGGGCCCCCAGUGAGGGCCCGCCAACAGCGUGAUGGUGCCAGCGCCCCCUGAAGCCUGGACCGCCAUGGGCGGCGGGGGCGGCGCCUCCACGGCGGCCUCCAUGAUGGGCGGGCUGGAGGCCAACGUAGGCGGAGGGGCGGGCGGCGGCGGGGGACUACCAGGAGGGGCGGCCCCGGCACAGCUGCUGAAUUGGGUGUAUCUCACCCUGGCCGACCACCACAACCAGCAGGCGGGCGGCGGCGCCCACCACAACCCUCCGCCACCCCUUCACACCUCACAGAACAAGAUGAUGCCUGGGGGGUGGAACGCCCUGGGCAUGGCGGGUGGCAACGGCAUGGGCGGCGGGUCGGGUGUGGGCGGCAGCUCAGGGGUGAGCAGUGUGGGGUCCAUGCCACCCACCUCCCUAGGCUCCCUAGCUGGUAGUAGCCUCAACGGCCUGGGCGGCAACAUGGGUUUGUUGGGCGGCAACAUGAGCGGACUGAACUCCCUGUUGAACGGGGGCGGCGGACUGAGCAGCGGCCUACUGAACGGUCUGGCUGGUCUCACGCCCACUGACAUCUCCGCCCUCACCUCCCUCACCUCACUCAACGGCAUCAACGGAAGCUUCAGCAACGGUCUCAAUGGGAUUAAUAGCCCCGUUAACAGCAGCAGCUUAAACGGCAGUAUAGGUGAGCUGGCAGACCAACUAAACGAGUUGACGCUGGGCCUGGACAAGAAGGUGAAGGGGAGGAAGCUGCCGCCCAAUUACCUGUGUCACCUGUGUUUCAAGAAGGGUCACCACAUCAAGGACUGUCCACAGGCGCGUCCCAAGGGUGAGGGGUUGACGCCGUACCAAGGGAAGAAGAGGUGUUUCGGGGAGUUCCGCUGUACCAAGUGUAAGAGAAAAUGGAUGAGCGGCAAUUCGUGGGCCAACUGCGGGCAAGAGUGCAUCAAGUGCCGCAUAAACGUCUACCCCCACAAGCAGGUCCGUGCUGGCUCCCUCUCCCCCCGACCUCUGGACAAGCCUGACGGCCUGGACGUGUCUGACCAGUCCAAGGUUCACCCGCAACACCUCUGUGAGAAGUGCAAGAGCCUUGGCUACUACUGUAGGAGGGUCAACUAACACCCUCGCCCGCCCGCCCACCUCCACCAUGAGGAGUGAGGGGGAGUGAUAGUCUCCUACUUACACUCACUCACUCACACUCUCCCUCACUCUUUGGCAACCCCUACUCAAGGUGGAUCGGAUUACAGCCCUUGGUCAAGAGGCACCUCCUUAGACCCAGCUCUCCAGUGAAGGCUAACUUGUGUCAGCGGCUCAGGAGAGUUAACGAUACGUAAUAACUGUAACACGUAAACGACUAGUUCGAAGUUGAGAGACAUGAAGAUGUAUCCUCCGACAAGGCAGCUUGCAGCAGAGAAAACAGUAGCUUUAGUGGUGUGUUGUUAGGGGGAUUGGUGGGGUGGCCCUGGUGCCCUGACCAGCUGCCACCAUCCAUCCCCGCCCAACACACACAACACCUUCCCCUCCCCUCACCCCUCCUACCCCUGUAGUGGUGCCUCAGUAAAAGAUAUCCACUACCUGACGCUUUACAGGAAUCUGAGAUAUACUGUAAUCCUUAGUAUUUAAUUUCUAUGGAUUUUUUUCUCACAAUUAUCGGCUCAAUGAGUUGUGCAUUCAGGGUUCAUCUCGUUCCCAGCGUGGUGGUUACGUGGAGCGUCGUGUACUGACCCACUACAGGAAUAAAGUGUCUUACAUGAGUGUGUACUUGAGGCUUAGAGUAGAAGCUGCCUAUCCCAGUAAACAACCACUGUUAACCCCUGCUAUAUAGAAUGUAUGUGUUAAUACCCCUAUGCGUAUUCUUUAUGUCAAAUGUAUACUGAAGAAAGCGAGGUGUGAUUCCUGCCACUGUAUGAUAAAGGUCCUAUAGGCAUCAGUUCCUUUUAUGAGUAUCGUGCCUUAACUUUUUUUACUCUACUAAUGUAUUGAACAAAAUGGUUUUCUGUGUCUCUAUAUAUAUAUCCAGUUUCUAUAUAUUAGUGUUGAAGGUAGACUGAAAUCUAUGGAUGUCAAUUUUUUUUGUCUUAUUUUGUCGCUCUGGUAUGUCCCCAGGUGAAGUCUUUUGGUGUUAAUUUUCUUUAGUUUAUUAUACAUAUGCAUGAGAUAUGUUUGUGGUGAGCACUGUGACUUGCCGAUGGACUGGUCUCGGCUACGCUGAAGAUUGGUGCUAAUAUUCUUAAGGACGAAUGAGGAGUGUCGACUGUCAUGGGUUAAGGUAAUACACUUAUUAUCAGCUUCAA